CAAAUUAAAUAAAUGAAAAAUAAACGUAUUUCCUGAAAAUGAAAUAAAUAUUUACGUAAACUGUUACCUACUCCAGUCAGCAGAUGGCGAUAUGAGUUUUUACAAGCGAUGUUGCCGGAGUGUCACGUGACGUAUAAUCUAGUGGACGGGACACCUCUUCGAUAACGACAGCUAAUCAGUCACUUAGAUAGCUUGCUAGCCAACAAAGACGAAAAUAUUUGAGCUAUUUAGACGUUUUCGGUGUAUAUUAAUUGCUGUGUUUUAAACACACGUCUGUCGUAUCUACUAGUUACCCAUCCCAGCUUCAUAUUUACGUUGUCGGGUAGCUAACUGGUUAAAUUAGCAUUAGGCUAGUAGCUUAUGCUAACUAUCUAAAUUGGCUUUCUUAAUAACAUUCCGGACCAUGAGCUCACUAAACUACUCUCCCCCUGCAAAAGAAGAGGACGUCUGCUGGACUGAGAAACAGGGUCUGUGGCUUAAUAUUGUCGUGAAAGAAGAGGAGGAAGAGAAGGAUGUCACAGUGAAAGGCGAUGAAGAAGCUUCCAGAGUGAAAGCUGAGGAUCAUGAAGAGAUUACUGUCACAACGAAAGAGGAGGACGAGGAAGAAGAGUAUGAGACGGGAGAUCUGAUUAACACCAAGAGACCAGACUCAGCAGAGGAUCCAGAACCAGAGCCAGUGUCUUCCGAACCAGCAAGGCGACAUCACUGUUCCUACUGUGGAAAGAGCUUUAACCAGUUAGGGGACCUAAAGAAACAUGAGAGGAUACAUACAGGAGAGAAGCCUCACAAAUGCUCCCAGUGUGGACAGUGUUUUACCUGGUUACAGAAUCUAAAACAACAUCAAAUAAUACACACAGGCGAGAAGCCUUACCAAUGCUCUCAGUGUGAAAAGGCUUUUACCCGGUUAGCACAUCUGAAAGAACAUAAAAUUGUACACACGGGAGAAAAACCUUUCCACUGCUCUCAGUGUGAAAAGCGAUUUACCAAGUUAGGGAUCCUAAAACAGCAUGAGAAAACGCACACAGAAGAAAAGCCCUACCAUUGCUCCCAGUGUGGAAAAAGAUUUUCCUUAGCAAAGUACCUGAAAGAGCAUGAAAAAAUACAUACAGGAGAAAAACCUGGAGAGAAGCUUUUCCUCUGCUCCCUGUGCGGAAAGAGUUUUACCCAGUCAACCCACCUGAAAUCCCACACAAGAACGCACACGGGGGAGAAGCCUUAUCAAUGCUCCGUUUGUGGAAAGAGUUUUUCUCAAUCAAGUUGUCUGAAAAAACAUAAGAGAAUACACACCGGAGAGAAGCCUUACCACUGCUCCCUGUGCGGAAAGAAUUUUACCCGGUUAGAUUACCUGAAAUCACAUAACAGAACACACACAGUAGAGAUGCCUUUAAACACAGGAGAGAAGUCAUCAUUGUAAAUAAGAUUGUUUUUUUUCUUAAUUAACUUGCCUGGUAAAAAAACAAAAACAUUUUAAACAUAAAAAAAAAAUCUGAAUAUGAAGUGCAUGUAGUUCAGUGAUGUUCAGAAUGAACCGUUUAUAUACUGUUUAUACCAUUUGAUGAAAGUGUAGUUUGUAUUUUUUUUAAAUCUCAAGGCAUUGAAUAUGAAAUACAUUGGUUUGAUUAUAGACUACCAAUAUGUCUGUUUGAAUGUGUAUGCUCUCUGUGAUUACAUGGUCAUUUUUCAACUCCG